AUGGAGCAGACUGUGCUCGCUCUCUCAGACUCCUCGCCCCAGAGCAGCCAACUUCCAUCCCUGUCAUUCACUGCCACCAUGAAGGGCGUCACUGCUUUUGUCAUCUUUGCUCUGGCAGCCACAGCAUGGGCUACCUCUCCACCAGUUUCAGGCCGUCGAGAAUGGUGGCCACCAAAUGGAAAGAUUAAGAUAAAAUGUCCAUAUAAGAAAGUAGACUUGAGUUGGUACACUAAAUCAGUGAAUCCCUGCCCUGGCUUAUAUCAACCCAUCUGUGGCACCAAUUUUGUAACCUAUGCUAACCCCUGCAUCCUGUGCCUUGAGAGCUUGAAAUCUCGUGGAAAAAUUAAAUUUCUCAAGGAUGGAAAGUGCUAG